AUGAGUAGUGGUCUGGCUAGGAUACUCAGACCCUUCCUUAAUCAUUGGCUUGGUGGCUUCGGUGAUGAUGGUGUAUCCAAUGAGGAGAACCUUCUACACAGCCUAGCUGAUAAGCUAGCAUCUGGUGACCUAUCUGCCGUCAACACUAUGGUUCAUUACUCACCACAGGAGGCUGGUGGUUCACCACAGAUUGUACAGAUAACUGCAGUGAAUAGGAAAAAGAAAACUGCUACUGUCAGACGUUUCGAGAACGGUGACUUCACUAUUAUACGAGAUGUUCAGUUCAUGAAACUAUCUCCUAUUGAUUCCUAUACCCACGAGCAUGCUUACUUUGCAGCCCUUGCAGUGUUAUUGGGGUACGCUGACCAGUUGAAGGAAGAGGAGGAAAUGAAGCAUAUGCAGCAGGAUGACUCAGAUGCGACGAAGGCUCACCGAUGCACUACUGGAUGCAUCUCUAAGAGAGGAUAG